CAAUGUCUCUCACCAUCAGGUCUAAAUUCUGUCUCCCCUGCCCCUCUUCCAAAAUCUCUAUCACAUCUAUUUUUCUAUCCCCUUAAUCCUUACUUUUUUUCUAAAAGGGCAGUGCUACUUUUUUUUCUGAAAGUAAAUAUAGCUAGCUUAUAUUAGACACCAUCAAUGUAGUAUAAUGUGUGAGCAUUUCAUUCCACAAUAUGGUACUCUCUUUUAAGUCUCAUAACUUAGGAAAACAAACAAUGACUAAGAAUUAUUUUAUGUUACUUUUUACUUUUGUUGUCCUACUUGGUUUGUUAUCUCCAACUUCAGCUACACCACCACCUGCAAAAAUUGUUACUGGAGUUGUUUCAAAUGUUGUUUCUACUCUUUUUAAAUGGAUAUGGUCACAAAAAUCCAAACCAAAAGUACCACCAGUGCAACAUAGUCGAUCCAUGGUGAAAUUUGAGAGUGGUUACAAUGUGGAGACAAUAUUUGAUGGAAGUAAGCUUGGAAUUGAGCCAUAUUCAAUUGAAAUAUCUCCAGAUGGUGAAUUUCUGAUUCUGGAUUCUGAGAGCAGUAACAUCUAUAAGCUUUCAAGCCCAAUGUCAAGAUAUAGCAAACCAAAACUGCUUGCUGGAUCUUCUGAGGGGUAUAUUGGUCAUAUAGAUGGAAGGCCUAAAGAUGCAAGACUGAACCACCCUAAAGGGAUUACAGUGGAUGAUAGUGGCAAUAUUUACAUUGCAGACACACUGAAUAUGGCUAUUAGAAAGAUCAGUGAUGAAGGGGUAACUACCAUUGCAGGUGGAGGAAAAAGGGGCCAAGUAGGAGGCCAUGUUGAUGGUCCAAGUGAAGAUGCUAAGUUUUCAAAUGAUUUUGAUGUAGUUUAUGUUAGGACUAGUUGCUCUCUUUUGGUGGUGGAUAGAGGAAACAAUGCAAUUAGAGAAAUACAACUCAAUCAACAUGAUUGCAUGACUAUUACUACUACUACUAAUAGUGAUGAGUAUGAGUUUGACAAUAGUUUCCCCUUAGGAAUAGCUGCACUUGUUUGUGCUGGAUUCUUUGGAUAUAUGUUAGCAUUGCUGAAGAGGAGGGUGAAGGAUAUGUUUUCUUCUUCAGAUGAUUCAAGGGCUCCUAUAAGUACAAAAGGAGCACCAUUUGUAUCACAACAAAGACCUCCACCUAAAUCAGUUAGGCCUCCAUUAAUCCCAAAUGAAGAUGAAUUUGAAAAACAUGAUGAAGGCUUUUUUGUUUCUCUUGGAAGACUUUUAGUCAACUCAAGUUCAACCAUGGGAGAAAUCUUUUUAAGCUUAUUCAUAGGAUCCAAAAGAAAACCGAUUUCAUAUCAUCAAUACCAACAACAACAACAGCAAUAUCAUUAUGCAAAUAGACAUCAUUCAAAUUCAUGGCCAAUGCAAGAAAGUUUUGUGAUUCCGGAUGGAGAUGAACCGCCUCCGAAUAUAGAAACUAAAACACCUACACAAAGAAAAACAUAUCCUUACACGAAUAAAGAAUUGGAAAUGUUGGGAAAAACAAGAGAUAAUAGUCUCUAUGAAGCGAAUAUUUUUCCUCCACCUGUGCAAAUAAAUAGACAACCGGAAAAUACAAUUCCACAACGGAAUCAUGCUUAUAUGAACAUGUUAGAUAAUGGUUACGAUGAACAACAACAACAACAUUAUCAACAACAACAACCGCAACAUCAUUCAAAGGUGCAAAGUCGAUAUUCUUCGACUACUCCAUCGAGUUACUAUGAGAAGAAUUGUGAAACAAAUGAGAUUGUGUUUGGUGCAGUUCAAGAACAUGAUGGAAGGCGUGAAGCUAUGGUUAUAAAGGCUGUAGAUUAUGGUGAUCCAAAAUUUAGUCACCAUAAUAUUCGUCCUAGAUUAAAUUAUGUUGGUUACUCUCAUAAUUAUUGAAUAUUUAUGAUGAUUUUGUAGCAUCAAAUUUCAUGAAGAGAUUGUAGUACUUUUGUUUUAUAUUCUCUAUUGGAGAAUGUUGUAUUAGAACACUUGAAUGAGAAAUUGAAAAUGUUUUCGCAAUUGGGUAUCGAAA